UCAUGCUGCUACCAAUCUAGAUACAUGUGCAGCCGUGGUCAUUGGCGGCCGUCGGAAGACCAGAAACUCCGGCAACUCGUCCAACAAUAUGGACCUCAUAACUGGAACGCCAUAGCCGAAAAGCUCCAAGGCAGAUCAGGCAAAAGUUGUAGGCUAAGAUGGUUCAACCAACUGGAUCCAAAGAUUAAUCGAAGUCCGUUCACGGAGGAGGAAGAGGAACGACUUCUAGCGUAUCAUCGUGAGUUCGGGAACCGAUGGGCUAACAUUGCGAAACUUUUCCCUGGUCGAACUGAUAACGCCGUCAAGAACCAUUGGCAUGUUAUCAUGGCUCGAAGGCAUAGAGAAAGGUCCACCAGGAUGUAUCGAAGAAUCACUGCUACUACUGAUACUGAUACUAAUCAUUUAUUUACCGAAAGAUGUCGAUACACUAAUUUCCCUUAUGAGAUUUCAAGAAAUAUUGCAUCCCAUCUACAACUCUCCAAGAAUUUGGUUCAUCAAUUCAAGAUACAUGAAGAUAAAAAAGAUCAAUCGGUGGAGUUUUACAACUUUCUUCCUGUAAAUACCGACUCUAACAAGAGUGAAGUAAUCGACCACGCAAAAAAAGACGAGGUCGAGGUGGAGCAAGAAGCAACCGAACAGCAAAGGAGAGACGUUGUGCCGUUCAUUGAUUUCUUAUAGAUCGAUUAAGGUCCGUAAAAAACCCGAAUAACAUUUAAGACGGUUAACUGCGACCUUCGUAACUUGUAGUUUACAUAUUACAGAAGAAUUUACAUUUAAUAUCAGUAAAGAUAAUACUGAUAUACGAUAUUCUGCCUGUGAGUUCAAAUCUUUUAAACAU